AUGAACGAGGAGCUGACCUACAGGUCCACCUCACAUGAUCAAAAUGCUGACUCGCAAGAGGAGGACUGCGAGGAGCAGGGAGCUGCAGACCCGAGCGCAUCGCAAUCAUCCUGGACCGGGUCGACGAACACGACGGAGAUCACGAGUCACACCAAUUCUACCGUGACAGUCGAAUGCAACGAUUUGGCUUCAUUGCAAGCGACAAUUUCCCAGACGGCUCGUGGCGGCGAACCAAUACCUCGCUUUCCCUACGCUCUUCAGAAGGCCUUUCAAUCGUCAUGUCCACCACAAGCCAAGGCGCAGUACAAAGGACACGGUCCGGCUCUUCUCCAUCCCCCUAGACCUGACGGGGCACGCGCGGGCGAACAUCCACAUUAG